GAUGUAUCUGUCUUGCGCUCUGGUGAUUACUUAAGAUUUGAAAUUUGCCCAAAGCGGUUUUAAAACCACGCGCUUUUAGAAGCGGUCUGAGUUUACCGUUUAUGCAAAAAUCAUAAACCGGUUUACCUGUAAAGCGGCCAGUAUUAUAACACGACAGAUCGUUUUUUUUUUACUUGUCACUCGAAGUCCUGUUGCUGCAAAUGCUGCCCAACAGCAGCACUCCACCACCGCCUGCCGUUCACAAAACACGGACUGGGUCAAUAUGGGUUUGCUACCUUGAGGUAAACUCAUGAAGGUGCAACUCUUUUCGAGGCGCGGCGUCCGGCACCUCCUAAGAUCAAGAAACACGUCAGCGCGUCGCCUCGUCCCUCACCGCUGGGGAUCCCCACCCAUAGUCGAAACCCACGUCUGGCUUUGGGGCACCUUCCGCACUUUCGUUUGAUUCUUGUGGCCCGAAACAGGUCUGUCGCUGAAAGGAGGCGAAGCAAAAGUACGUCAUCCACAUGCGACGAGGUUCACGUGACCGCGCUCACACGUGGCAUAUGCGUCCAGUACGAGGUAAGCAGAAGAAGAAGAAGAAGAAAAAAGAAAGAAACUGGGAGAGAACGAGCCGUGAGGACAACUGGUGAUAAAGAGGCCUCCUUACUAGUUGACGCAGCCAUAAAGUGAGGAUGUCUAAUGGCCUCCUCCGGGCCAGUGCUAUCCAAGUGAGAAGGGAGUCUUAGAGGAAAAGGGCAGACACUUGGGGGAGAGAAGAGAUUUACACAGAGCAUGGCCUCAACCAAAGAAGAUGGUGUGCAUGAAAGACUGGGGUUCAUUAAAGAAGAGGACUGUGAGUGGGGUGCACCAGAGGAUUUGUGUCUGAAACAGGAAGACUGUGAAGAAAGAAUCUCACUUUUUGAAGAGAAGGAGCCUGAGGGGGAGAUUAUUCAGAUUAAAAUUGAGGAUUCCAAAGAUCUAUCAGAUGGUUUUGAAAUACAAAAACACGAAGCUGGGCGUAUUUUCAAGCAAGAGACUUUUGAAGAAUCGCAUUCCAGUUUACAGCCCUGGUUCAUUAAUGCAAGUCAGCUGACUACCCAGCAUGCUAUGGGGUUGAAAUCUGAUUUUUCCGAGUUUGAGGAGAAAAUCAAUGAAGGAAAGUGGAGUAAAGAAGAAGAGCACCAGUCAUCUAGGAAUUUGGGACUAAGUUUACAGGAGAACAGUUUCUCUGUGUCUUCAUUUGCUCCGACGUCUCUUCACUGCACCCUGCAGCACAAACAGGACAACGAGCAGGUAACAAAAUUCACAGGUGGACUGGAGACUUUGACCACAGCUUCCUUCCAGAGCAGUCCUCUUCCUUUUAAUAAACUUUCACAGACAGAGGCCAUCAACACUGAACACCCACAAGUGUAUAAACACGUUAGAAAUCAUGCUGGAGAAAAACCUCAUUGUUGCCUGGAAUGUGGCAAACGAUUUUCACAAAAACGUAGUCUUCUUACCCAUAUGAAGAUUCACACUGGUGAGAAACCACAUUGCUGUUCUGAAUGUGGCAAGCGUUUCUUAGACAGAAGUGGUUUGAAUAUUCACAUGAGAGUUCAUACUGGAGAGAAACCACAUUGCUGUUCAGAAUGUGGUAAGAGAUUCUCACGAAUCCACAGUCUCCAGAUCCAUACAAGAAUCCACACUGGAGAGAAACCUCAUUGUUGUCUGGAAUGUGGCAAACGAUUCUAUGACAGUAGUAGUUUAUGCAAGCAUGUGCAAAUUCAUACCGGAGAGAAGCCAUAUUGCUGCUCUGAAUGUGGAAAAAGGUUUUCCACCAGUAGUACUUUGCGGGAGCACACACAAAUUCAUACUGGGGAAAAGCCAUUUGUAUGUUCAGAAUGUGGAAAAAGAUUCUUAAAAAUACACAAUCUGAAAUGUCAUAUUAGAACCCAUACUGGAGAAAAACCUUAUUGUUGUCCUGAAUGUGGCAAACGGUGCUCUCAUGGUAGCUUUUUCAGGAGGCACAUGCUAACUCAUACUGGAGAGAAGCCAUAUGUCUGUUCUGAAUGUGGGAAAAGAUUUUUGAAAACAGACGAUCUUAAAUGUCAUAUCAGAAUUCACACUGGGGAAAAACCUUACAGCUGUCUAGAAUGUGGCAAACGAUUCUCUGAUGGCAGCAGUUUGCGGACACACACACGGAUUCAUACUGGAGAGAAACCAUAUUGCUGCCCUCAAUGUGGGAAAAGUUUUUCAACAAGUAGCAGUUUUCGAAAGCACACACGAACACAUACUGGAGAGAAGCCAUAUGCCUGUGCUGAAUGUGGUAAACGAUUCUCAAACAGCAGUGGCUUUCGUAUUCACCAAAGGACUCACACCGGUGAGAAACCGUUUAGCUGUUCUGAAUGUGACAAGCAUUUCUCAGACAGCAGCACUCUUAAGAAACACAUGAAAAUUCACGCUCGAAAGAACAAGACAUAAAACUCUAGGAAUUAUGGCAGAAAAUCAACAAAGAGUACAUCCAUCAGACACAGAUUCCCUUACAGCAAAUAAUAAAAUUCAGACCAAAAUUCAGUUAGUCAUUCCCAUUUUAUCAGAUAGCUUUGGUAUCAUCGACUGGCUACAGAACAACCUAUAGUUGUGCUUGAAAGUUUGUGAACCCUUUAGAAUUUUCUAUAUUUCUCAAUCCCAGUCCUGGAGGGC